UCUACUUGCUUGCCCCUAUAUUUUCCCGUUGCUCUGUGGUACCUCCCCUCUGCUUCAAGAACCUUUGCUCUUCCUGAUAGUUUUGUCCGGAGAGAAGUGGGGGUGCUGGCUUACAGAGGGUGUCCUUGUUCAUUACCACGGGCAGAGGGAGGUAACACUGUGCACUUGUCAAAGCACAACAUCUAAGCAAAUCUUGUGUGAGCCAAGGUCAUCAUGGCGCCAACUCUGUAUGAUAAGAAACCAGAGAUUGGGGACCUGAUAGAGAUCUUCAGACCAUGUUACCAGCACUGGGCUGUAUACAUUGGAGAUGGAUACGUCAUUCACCUGGCUCCACCCACUGAACAGGCAGGAGGUGGAGCCUACAGCAUGAGGUCAGUGCUGUGUGACAGAGCCAUCGUAAAGAAGGAAGGAUUGUGGGAUGUUGUGGGAGAAGAUGACUGGAAGAUCAAUAAUCUCCUGGAUAAAAAGUAUGAGCCGCGGCCUGCCCACGUGAUCAUACAGGAGGCUAAGAGCCGCUUGAACCAGGAGCUGCCCUACUCUGUUUUUCAGAGCAACUGUGAGCACUUUGCCACGGAGCUGCGAUACGGCAAGGCCCAGUCACGCCAGGUACGCACAGCUGUGGAUGUUGCCGUUGGGGUGGGAGUGGCUGCAAUGGUUGGUGUGGGACUUGUAGCUCUUGCAUCAAGUAUGUUUGGAGGUGGAAGCAAGGAGAAGGAAAGUAAACGCUAAAUACGAGACCAACAUCAUUCCUUAAAAUAACAUAAGCACAAUACCACCAGCAGGCCUUUCUGAAAAUAAAAACUCAAAAUUGGCCAUUCAUCUCUUAGGCGUGGAUCCUGAAAUACAUAUCUGUCAGUGACUGGUGAAUGGACCAUCUUACUUGCUAUCAGUCAUGAUUUGACAGUUUUUGUAGAUUUUUAUCUCUCUUUCCUGAGUGCCAUAUGUUGGUUUAUAUCUUGAUUAAGCUGCUUUCUCCUAAUAUGACGCUAAUAGUUGACUCAGUUGAUGUAAUAAGCACAUAAGAUAGUGACAAAGCUAGUGGAUGUGUCUCAGAGUUAACAGAGUUAAUGCCUCUCUCUCAGUAGGCAGAUCAGUAACACAACUGACCAUUUUAAAAGGUGACUGAUUCGAUUUUAUAAUUUAUAAGUUGUCAGGUAUUUGUCAUAGUGUCUCAGAGAGUAACACAACUGGCCAUUUUCACUAGUUGAAAGGUAAUUCAAAUACAUUUUAAAAUAAUUUUCUAGUAUUUUUACAUAUUAGAACAAUUUAUUGCAAAUGAUUGGAAUUUCAUAGAUGCCAGAGCUUUUCUUUAAAAUAUUAGUGAAGAUGAUUAUAACAAUGUAAUUAUGAUAUAUAUUUGAUCAAACCCUUUUCAAAAAUAAAGUUCUUUGAAACUUA